AUGGAGCUCGUCACCGCCUUUUCUACUCCUACAGCCCGCGAAAAGAGCAGCGCGCUCAUGCGAUGGCCGGCGAUUGCGGUCGCAAGGGUCGAGGAGGAGGUGCCCGGAAAAGUCGCUCGUUCCGCGCUGAACAAAGCUGCCUCUGUCACCCCCUCCCUCUUCUGCCUCGACUCGACCUUCGACGCCACCAUCACCUCCUCCUCGACACCGCGACUCAACUGUCGUCAGGGACUUGGUGGACGACGCGCUGGUCCGCUCUGGGUCAAGGUCGACGUCAUCGUCGCCCUCGCCUUCGAGUGGCAGCUCCUGCAGCACGUUGACAGGCGUCGACGGUCGAGCGGGGUCAACCCCGCUUGGUCUGUCGAGCGUCGUUCAACCGCGCCGACCCGCUUCUGCUCGCGAUGCUACCGUACUCCCGCACAACACAUCUCGAGCAAGGCUUCUACUCGAGUGCCGACAGGACAAGCGUGUCUCUUACGAGCGGAACCUCGUACAACAGUCUGGCGGUAA